AUGCCUUCCCACCGAAUUCUGCGUGGCCUUCACAAUGCGCCUAAAGAACCUAAGCCUUCCACACCGUUGCAACAUCAAGAAGUAGCACUACGCAAACUCGACCAAGCGCGUACCGAAGCUUCACAUUCAGCACGUCUGAGAACGCUAAACGAAGAGCAACAUCCAGAUGUUGACAACCUUCAGCAAGGCAAACACGAGCACGCAUAUGAACUUCAACAACCGCCUGAGGAUGCGGACAACGAUGCAAGAGACGCCCUUGGAGAUGACGAUGACAAAGAGAUUGAUAUGAAUCAAUUCAUGCCUCAUCAUGGACCAGCCAACCCGCACGAAGAUCAAAAUGAUCCUGUGGUCAUUGCGCUUCGAAAAGAAAAACAUCAGGCCGCCCGACUGAAGCAUGAAAACCUUUGGGCUUGGCAGUAUGCCAUCAUGGUACCAACUUUCCUUUGUUGUCGUUGUCGUGUCAAAGUAUCUUUCUGUAAGGACUGCGACCUUUCAGACACAUCCCGGCUCCUGCUCAUGGGAUACAUGGCGGCUUCUCCAGCCAAGCCUCGAACGGCUUUUUCUUGCCGCCUCCUGCGGCACCAUCACGCCCAGUGGUUACGCUUAGCUGUGGCUACUCAAGGCUUUUGUGAGGCCCUGGAUGAUUGCCUUGACAAUCAUAACCCCUUAAUCCUAACCAGCAAAGGUUCAUUAGUUGAAGCAAAAGCUCGACAUAUGGCAGGUCUGCCUGAUGUCGCAGAGGAAUUGCUGAUUAAGUUCCACUCAGUCCAUUUCCUUGUCACACACACGCAAAAAUACGUGGCUGAGGUUCAGCAAUCACAGACCAGUCUAACUGAACUCAAACGUCAAAACCCUACACACACUAUGGCUUACUUUGAGGCUCAGUGGGUUCGCCAGCGUGAUUUACAGCUCAAGGCGAUCAACGUCAAAUCUAAGGAGCAACGCGCUCGGGUGACGGUAUUGGUUCAACUUGAAGAGGACCUCCUUGAAACUCGUAAAAGACUGGUCGAGUUGAACCCCGCGAAUGCAGCCAUAAGAACUGGUGAGCAGCGUCACGAUGUACUUGACCUGCCCGCAUCUCUUGCAAAUCUUGAAGCAAAAGUCCAGGAAGUCGCUGACGAAUUGGGAAAUACUGAGUUGUAUAACGUUCGUCGAGGAACAACCAACCGCAUUAAGGCAGUCUUGACGGUCCAGGUAGCACUCGCAGCCCUCUACGAGGCCAAGUUUGAUGUUAUCCAGCAGAGAGCUAAUGCCGCAAUCAGAACCGGUGCCACACAGCAGCCACGCAACGAACACCUGCGUAAGAAGAAGAGGGAUCUAUUGAAAAAGAAAACGGAGACGUACUUGAGACAUGCCACAAAGUACAACAGGCAUUUCCGACCCCCGCACCGUUUGCGUGAGCCUACAUUUGAAGAAAUCCUCAACAUGGACCUACUCGAUUCUUUCUGGGAUGAGACCGCAUUAAAUCACCCUGAAGAACCUUGGUCAACAUGCCAAAAGACAAAAGAUGGCAUAUUGUACUUUCGUAGUCCAAAUAUUGCUAAUGGUGAUCUACGCGUGGUCGAAUGGAAUUCGGUUUACAGCGCACUCAACAAACGAACAUGUCGACUUUGGAAGAGAUGGGAUAGAGGUUUGUUGGAUGUUUUGAAUACAACAGCACAGUAUCUCAAUGGGACAGCAGAGCUGGAUGUUGAUCUCACGAUCAGAUGGAAAGAGAUGGUAGAGCGCACGACAAAUACCUGGGCCGAAAUCCUAGGGGUCCCCAUCUUCUGGGCACACCCAGAAGAUGAACUUGAGGAGGAAGGAGAACAAGAUGAAUAUGAGGAGUAUGGAUAUGAAUAUGAAUAUGAAUAUGAGGAUGAUUUUAUUUGA